AAAGCGGAAGCGGAAGUGACGUUGAGGAAGGUGGGGCAAUCAUGGUGCCGCUGGGGAGGGGAGAAGCUGCUGCCGCCGCCGUUGCCGGGAGCCGCGGAGACAAGUCAUUAUCUUUUCAUUUCUCACAAUUGGGCUGAGCACAACUGAACCAUGGGGGAACACAGUCCAGACAACAACAUCAUCUACUUUAAGACGGAGGAAGAUGAGCUGACCCCCGAUGAUAAAAUGCUCAGGUUUGUGGAUAGAAAUGGACUGGUGCCUUCCUCAUCUGGAACUGUUUAUGAUAGGACCACUGUUCUUAUUGAGCAGGACCCUGGCACUUUGGAGGAUGACGAUGAUGACGGACAGUGCGGAGAACACUUGCCUUUUCUAGUAGGGGGUGAAGAGGGCUUUCACCUGAUAGAUCAUGAAGCAAUGUCCCAGGGUUAUGUGCAACAUAUUAUCUCACCAGAUCAGAUUCAUUUGACAAUAAACCCUGGUUCCACACCCAUGCCACGAAAUAUCGAAGGUGCAACCCUCACUCUGCAGUCGGAAUGUCCGGAAACGAAACGUAAAGAAGUAAAGCGGUACCAAUGUACCUUUGAGGGCUGUCCCCGCACCUAUAGCACAGCAGGCAACCUGCGAACCCACCAGAAGACACAUCGAGGAGAGUACACCUUUGUCUGUAAUCAGGAGGGCUGUGGCAAGGCCUUCCUUACCUCUUACAGCCUCAGGAUCCACGUGCGAGUGCACACGAAGGAGAAGCCAUUUGAGUGCGACGUGCAGGGCUGUGAGAAGGCCUUCAACACACUGUACAGGCUGAAAGCACAUCAGAGGCUUCACACAGGGAAAACGUUUAACUGUGAAUCUGAAGGCUGCAGCAAAUACUUCACCACACUCAGUGAUCUGAGGAAGCACAUUCGAACCCAUACAGGGGAAAAGCCAUUUCGGUGCGAUCACGAUGGCUGUGGAAAAGCAUUUGCAGCAAGCCACCACCUUAAAACUCAUGUCCGUACACAUACUGGUGAAAGACCCUUCUUCUGCCCCAGUAAUGGCUGUGAGAAAACAUUCAGCACUCAAUACAGUCUCAAAAGUCACAUGAAAGGUCAUGAUAACAAAGGAAACUCAUACAGUGCACUUCCACAACACAAUGGAUUAGAGGAUACAAAUCACUCACUUUGUCUGAGUGACUUGAGCCUUCUGUCCACAGAUUCUGAAUUGCGAGAAAAUUCCAGUAUGAUACAGGGCCAGGACCUCAGCACAAUUUCACCAGCAAUUAUCUUUGAAUCAGUGUUCCAGAAUUCAGAUGAUACAGCAAUUCAGGAAGAUCCUCAACAGACAGCUUCCUUGAUUGAAAGUUUUAAUGGUGAUGCAGAGUCAAUCAGUGAUGUUCCGCCAUCCACAGGAAAUUCAGCAUCUUUAUCUCUUCCACUUGUACUGCAGCCUGGCCUCUCCGAGCCACCCCAGACUCUACUACCUGCCUCAGCUCCGUCUGCUCCUUCGUCUGCUCCCUCCCUAGGACCUGGCUCCCAGCAAGCUGCAUUCGGCAACCCCCCUGCUCUCUUACAACCUACAGAAGUGCCUGUUCCCCACAGCACACAGUUUGCUGCUAAUCAUCAAGAGUUUCUUCCGCACCCCCAGGCACCACAGCCCAUCGUACCAGGACUUUCUGUUGUUGCUGGGGCUUCUGCAUCAGCAGCGGCAGUGGCAUCAGCUUUGGCAGCACCAGCCCCACCACAAAGUACUACUGAGCCCCUGCCAGCCAUGGUCCAGACUCUGCCCCUGGGUGCCAACUCUGUCCUAACUAAUCCCACAAUAACCAUCACCCCGACUCCCAGCACAGCUAUCCUGCAGUCCAGUCUAGUCAUGGGAGAACAGAACUUACAAUGGAUAUUAAAUGGUGCCACCAGUUCGCCACAAACCCAAGAACAAAUUCAGCAAGCAUCUAAAGUUGAGAAGGUGUUUUUUACCACUGCAGUACCAGUAGCCAGUAGACCAGGGAGCUCUGUCCAGCAGAUUGGCCUCAGUGUUCCUGUGAUCAUCAUCAAACAAGAAGAGGCGUGUCAGUGUCAGUGUGCAUGCCGGGACUCUGCAAAGGAGCGGGCGUCCAGCAGGAGGAAGGGCUACUCCUCCCCACCACCCCCUCCAGAGCCAAGCCCCCAAGCUCCUGAUGGGCCCAGCCUGCAGCUCCCAGCGCAGACUUUCUCUUCAGCCCCUGUUCCCCGGUCAUCAUCCUCCACCAUGCCCUCCUCCUGUGAGCAAAGCCGACAAGCAGAGGCUCCUUCAGACCCUCAAACAGAAACGUUAAGUGCCAUGGAUAUGUCACAGCUUCUAUCCCUCCAGAACCUGGACACCCCGUCCCAUUUGAUUCCCAUUGAAGUACUACUGCAGGCGGAGGAGGAGAUGGGCCUCACCAGCAGCUUCUCCAAGUGAAGGGCCGUGUAUGCUCACCUCCAGGAAAAAGAGGGUGAGCAGGAGGCAUGAGGUACAAUGCCUGCCAUCAUGGGUCAGAAAUUUGAAGGAUGAAGAAAUUUACUGUUUGAAAUCCUCACCUUUCAGACGUAUUUUCUUUAUUCACAUCCCAGGAACUAAUCUUUGGAAAAAAAAAAACAAAAAACAACAAAAAAAGCUAAGUUAUAAGUGAACUGUUUGGCUGCACUGUAUGUCACUUUUGCUUGUUGUCAUGUGAACUUGGAAACUAAGGUUACUCGUAUGCAUAAAAAUUCUAAAUGAAA